AUGGGCGCCGGUGCAAGUACACAGUCGCCUCCCCCGGCAGACGCAUGUCCAGUCGAUCACAAAACCCGCGAAGUUUGGCUCCAGCAACACCGUGCCUCUGGCGGAGCUCCUCAUCCACCACCUCCGUCUGCCGAUUCCGAGCCUCGAACAAAAGCACAACGACCUCUUUCUGCAGAUCGCGAAGUGAGCAGCAUACCGCGUGCCUUUAAUGACAGAGCGGAUUCAUCGCAAACCGCUUCAGUAUGCCCAUCACCGUACGCCGCAUCGCAUGAUACCCCAUCCAAUGCGGAAGAUGAAACGGGCCAUGACAAGACCUCCGGAAACUGGAUAUACCCCUCAGAGCGUCAAUUCUUCGAAGCUCUUGUGAAAAAAGGCAACACGCCAACUUCGACCAACUCGCCAACUGAAUUAGCGACAACAGUGGCGUCCAUUAUCCCUAUCCACAAUGCCGUUAAUGAGCGUGCCUGGCAGCAGAUUCUAGAUUGGGAAAAGAAGGCUCCUUCGUCGGACCCUGGGAGCCGGAAAUGCGGUGGUCCGAAGCUGUAUUCAUUCCGCGGGUUGGGCGUUGACCCUCAGUUUCUGAGUCCACGCGCCCGGGUCAAUAGCUGGAUGGGCUACCAGCUGCCGUUUGACCGACACGACUGGGUUGUUGAGCGAUGCGAUGGAGAACGAGUUGAAUAUGUGAUUGAUUUUUACCAAGGGAAGUCUUCAGGUGGAACAAGUGCUGCUGCGGGGUUGACUGCCAACGCCGGUCCCGGGAAACUGAGCUUCUAUCUAGACGUACGACCUAAGCUGAACAGCUUCGAGGGUUGGCGAAUGCGAUUCAACCGGUACUUUGGCUAA